UAUGACUUAGUUUCACGAUUCUUGUGCGUUUGAGACGACGCCGUUUGUUACGCAUGCGCGGAAGGUUUUCGCACGACGGCCAAGAUGUUCUUUUUCGCACUGUUACCUCUGCUCGUCGCCGGCGCGCUCACACAAACGGUACACGAACCCAUGACCGAGCAUAUCUACUUCUAUCCACGACCCGGCGAUGAGGCAUCACAUAACAUUUACGUGAAGCCUACAGAUCUUAUAACGCGUCAUCGCUUACAGCUUGUGACGGACUGGCCUUACCCGGGCGUCAUGGGUGGACACGUACACAAACCCAUCGAUUUGGUCGCCACGGCCGAGGUCAGCUCCCAGCCUAUUUACUUCCGCAAACGCGACAAUCUCGCGAAUGACAAACUCAAGCAGAAACAUAAUAUCUUAUAUCUACAAUUGCCGAUGCUAGCGCAGACCAAUCUACAUAAUCCUAGCGAAAGUAAGAAUAAAGUUUUGUAAUCAAAUCGAAAUACAUAUUUUCUUAACAAAAUUA